UAAUCCCAACAUGCAGGUCAUAGCAUUAUUAAUAGUAGUCCUUUCGCUGAGUGCAGCCGAAUGGAUCGAAAUCGACUGGAGCAACGUUCGUCCGAUUGAAGACUUUGAUCACUACUGGGCACGACUUCCGGCCGAGCUGCAGCACUAUCGCCACUCUGAACCUGAACCGGAUCGUCGUAUCGUCAAUGGACGCGAGGCAACUCCCGGACAAUUCCCAUACCAGGCAGUUUCCCUUUCAGAGUUACCACUGGGAACCGCUGUGUGUGGUGCAACGAUCUUGACGGCCAAUUACAUCUUAACCGCGGCUCAUUGUGUCAAGGUGCCUCCGGGAAUUGCGAUAAUGGGAGCACACAACCGGUUUGAGGAUGAACCAUCGCAGCAAAGGAUUGCUUACACGGUUGAGGACAUCAACAUUCACCCAGGGUACACCUUAAUGCACAUAAGAAAUGACAUUGCCACCGUGCGGAUGAGAGAAAGAAUAAUUUUUAAUGAUCGUGUCGUGCCUGUUCGUCUGCCGGCACGUUCUGAUAGACGCACCUUCGCCGGAAUGAUGGGAACCGUUUCCGGCUAUGGACGAACAUCUGACGAUCACAAUGAGCUAUCUGCAGUUAUGCGAUACGCUCUGAAUCCUAUAAUCACCAAUGCUAACUGUUUGGCUGCCUCUGGCAAUAAUGUCGACAUGAUUCAAGCUCAAAACAUUUGCCAAUCGGGAGUUGGUGGUCGUGGAGCAUGCCAAAGUGAUUCGGGAGGUCCGCUCACGGUUUUGGACGCUGGCAGCCCCUUGCAGGUGGGCGUCGUAUCCUUCGGAUCGUUGGCUUGCAAAGACGGGUUGCCAACAGCUUUUGCUCGGAUUACCUAUUUCUUGGAUUGGAUCGAGGAAAACUCGGAUGUAGUGAUUGAACCGUGAAUAAAACUGUUUUUUAGAAUUUAAAC